UGAGCGCUGAUGGCGAGGCGCUGGAUUUUUCCACGUUGUUUUGUGUUGAACUUGUGCUUCCCCGCGUUGUAGCGCCGCACACUGCGGGGGUCUGGACGCGGGCUUUCGGGGGUGGUGGGUAGGGGGAGCUUUUCCUUUUUGGUCUGCUCACUGGAGCAUUGCGCACAGCACACUUUCUCUUUUAAGCGGCUUGUGUGUUUGUUUGUAUUCAUUCAUUUAUUUAUUUAUUUAUUUAUUUAUUUAUUUAUUUUAAAGAAGAAUGCACACUGAAAAGGGACUCGAUCGGUUUCGUGUGUAAUGUGGAUUUCGGUGGAUUUGUGUUGUCGAGCUUGAUUGCGGAAAAACCGUCUGAUGGGAAAACGUGGCGCUUGAGGACGUGCUCACCAAGCUUCAUGCUCUCAGCCGAGGGGACCAUGUCUGUCCACAUAGUGGCGCUGGGCAGCGAGUGUCCUGGGGGAGUGGGCUCCGGAGAGGAGCCUGCCGCUCCAGCGCAGGUGCAAGGGGGGCUGCUGUGGAGCUACCUGGGCCAUGGAGCCAGAGAGCUGGACCCCACGUCAACCACUCCUUCCAGACACCCGCUGAACCCAGCUUUUAUGGAAUACCAGUCCAGAGUGUUCGGAGAUGUCCGAGUAAUGGUGCGCGACUGCCCUAGCUGGGACUUGUUGGACAGUGACUGGGCCAGCGUGCGGAGUGUUUUGGAGCAAGCUGAUAUCGUGGUCAUUAAGUAUUCGGUAAAUGACAAGCUGACCUUCCAGCAGGUCAGAAAUGGCUACGCCCCUCGACUCCGCCCCCUCCUGCGUCACUGGGGCAUGCCUGUCAUCCUGGUAGCAGUCGGGGCACGGCUUAAUGAUGAAGGGCCGCCGUGCACGUGCCCCCUGUGCGCGUCCGACUGGAGCACUUGUGUUCCUCACGGCGAGGGGCUCCAGCUGUCCCGAGACCUGGGAGCCACCUACCUAGAGUUACCCUCGCUCAAUAACUUCUUCGUUGGUCGCUACUUUGGCAGUGUGCUCGAAUACUUCAUGAUUCAGUGUCUGAAGCAGAAGGCGAAAGAGAGACCUGACAAGAGGCGGGGUCACCGGUUUAAUGAGCCCCGCCCUCCACACUUGGACCAACCAGCACGCCUUCCUCCAGUGCGAGUGGAGGAGUCCAGCUUCUCUCAAGACCUGCAGUGGUUGCUGGAGCGUGGCGUGCAGUUUGCUGAUGUGGUCUUUUAUGCCGGGGAUUCUGGGAAGGAGCUGGGAUGGGCACAUGCAGCUGUAUUAAGUGCUGUUAGCCCAUAUUUUAAGCAGCUGCUGGUGGGAAGGCAGGCGUGGGAGAGGCCCAUGUCCAGAUGUGCCUGCCGGGAGAGAGACAGCCCACACUCUCUGUUGUCCACUUGGGAUGGUGGUUUGGAUGACCUGACCCGGACAGACGGGCACCUUCCUGGGCAACUGUCCCGGCUAGUGGUGAAGGACCCGCUGCUGUGUGCAUGCAUGUGGGAGACGCUGAUGUUUCUCUACAGAGGGGCCUGGGAGUGGGAGUUUCUGGAGGAGGCUUUGGCUGAGAAGCUCAAGAACCCUUUAGCAGUGGCCCAGCUGUUGGAUCGAAUACGCUCGUUUGUUGGGAGAGAAAAGGCCCUGAGGGACACGGCUGCUCCACGCUCUCAGCCUGGUCCUCAAACACUGGGAAACAUCUUCAACUCCCCUCUCUAUUCUGAUGUCAUUUUUAUGGUGCAAGGCAAUGUCCUGCCCGCACACAGAGCCGUGCUUGUGGCUCGCUGUGAUGUCAUGGCAGCCAUGUUCAGCGGCAAGUACGCAGAAGCCCGGAGUCGAGUAGUACCCAUACACGGGGUCUCCUCCGACACCUUCCUCGCCUUCCUGGAGUAUCUCUACACAGACACCUGCUGUCCAGCCAGUGUGUUGCAGGCUAUGGCGGUACUUGUCUGUGCAGAGAUGUACCAAGUGAAGCGUCUGCAGCACCUCUGCGAGGUGUGUGUGUGCGCAUAUUUGCAGAGCAUGCCGAGCCGGGAGCUGGCCUCCACCAGCAUCAGUGUGAUCCGGUUACUGAGGAGAGCAAAGUGUCACAAUGCUGACCAGCUGUAUGUCUGGCUCCUCCACUUCAUUGCCAAUAACUACCUAAUCUUCAGCCACAAACCUGACUUCCUGGAGCUAUCAGAGGAGGAGCGGGAGCAGGUGGAGCGGCUGCGCUGGCCCUCCAGAGGCUACCUGCAGGAGCUCAGCGAGUACCAGCAACGCAGACGGCAGCUGCGCAAGUCCCGCUGCAGCAUCAUGUGACCUCCCGCAAGCGACGCGCUGAAGACGAGGACAGAAGGACAUGAGAACGAGGAGAGAUGAGUCACAAACAUGAAAAAUAUGCAGGAGGCGCAAUUCUGCCAGACGGCUGGAUUUGUUGCUUUGAGAACUUUGACCACUGAUCCUGUGACAUUAGCGCGCGGUCAUGUGAUCUCCAGAGACCCCGAGCGGACACUGUGGCCACAGGCAUACUGUGUUUCUCUUGGUGCCCUAUGACACGGAUCUGGCUUUGUGUACACACAGAGAAACUGUUCCUCCAAAAAGAGACCAUGUACUACAUUAACUGUAGAAGCGACUCCGAGUGAGCGGACGCGAAGGAGGAUCAAACUCUUCGAGGCAGAAUGUGGAGCCCAAAAUCAUGCCGUUAGAAAUUUCUGUUUGAACAAAACAAAAUCCCAUUUGGAAUAGACUAUGAAUACUGAGGUUUGUAAAGGAGCGCUGAAAAUACAUUUCAAGCUUGAGGUAAUACAAUUGCAGUGUUUGAAAUUUACAAACGAUGGAAUAUACUCGUAAUUUCCGGAUCUGUGAUAGAACAUAAAAUCAUAUAAUCUUCUCGAAAGUUCUGUGAGUCGUUCACUUUCUUUGCUUCGCUUUCGUCCUAACGUCCCAGUAACGUGCGGGGAAAUCUGUCGAGAACAAAAUCUUCGUCUUGAACCUAGUGCAUUUCACGUACUUCACACGUACAGCGACUCGUAGUGACAAAGCGACCGGCGAACGUUCAUUUUCAACGAGAGCUGGCGACGAGCGCGACGCUGACCGUUGGCGACUAGAUGUGGGCGUGUCAAGUUGAGAAAACUUUAUGCAAAUUUGGAGCGACUCGGUGCGGCGACUACCGAGCAAGUGAAGACGAUAGAUCCGCCAUGCUGCCUGCGAGUCCGAACUGCUUCGUGGAACCUGACAGUCCGGCGCUUGCGCUUUCGCCGCAGAUAGAUCUCACUGAUAGAACAGCGCACACUGCUUCUCCGUCAUCUCUUAUGAUGAUAUGACGCAUAUAUACACACUGAAUUUUAUAUACAAAUCGCUCUCCCACCAGAAUGGUUCAUUUUAGUAGCAAAAUUUGUCCAAAAUGGAAUGCUAGUUACUGAUAAAUGUUACUAUGGCAACCAUUAGCAGGAACACCUACUGGCGACUUCAUAAUACAUAAUAAUAAUAAUAUGGCAGCAAUAAAAUCGUGUGUGUGUGUGUGUGUGGGUGUGUGAGAAUGUACCAUUAUUGAUACUGUAGGGUCCAAACCAUGAAGUGCUGAAAUCAGUUACAGCUAUAUACAAAACUUGAGGUGGCGGUCUACAAAAUGUGAUCGUUACCAGGUUAUCAUAGCUGCCAGAUUCCGUCAUCUAUACCGCACAGAUUAAUAAACAAGAUUAAAGCCAAAGUAGAUGUUUAAAAAAAAAAAAAUCUGGAAAAAAAAAAAAAAAAAACACCUGAUUAUCAAGUUUUUCAAUACACGGAUAUUAUUAAUUUUUUCCAGGUAGAGACGAGCUUGUGUUAAGAAAGAAAACACACAGGAGGACAUAUCUGAAUGUUAUGACAUGUACAACCCCUGUGGUGGAUUUACUGAGAGGUUACAACACAUUACCAGAGAUCCGUGCAUCAUGCAACCUUUUCUUUAAGAAAUAAAACUGAUAAUCGACAUAGAUUGAGCUCUCUCGUUAUCAGAUUAUGUAAGUAAACGAGUUGGGUGGUACUUUCAGUUACUCAUUAACCGCUUGUGAUAUCUUGUAGGAUUAUUCAGCUAAAUCUCUUGACACAUCACUAUUGAUACUCUUCAUAGAAAACCUGUCCAAAUUCAUUUAUUCAUCUUCAGUAACCUCUUUAUCCAGUCAUGGGUUGCAGGAACCCUGGGAAUCUAAGUUGGGAAUACAUCCUGGAUGGGACAGCAGUUCAUCACGCAGGCAUUUACACACAUUCACAAUUUCGAGUAAUCAGUCCCCCUACAGGCAGGUUUUUUUUGAACAGUGGGAGGGAACCCAUACAGGGAAGGAACCCUGGACCCUGGCACUGGUUCCUAGUCAUCCUCAAGCAUGAAAUUUAGCUUCACGCUUUGCAUCGUUCCUUUACAAACCCUUAAAACUCACGUCAGUUCGAAAAUCGGUUUCAAAUACGACCCAAUUCCAAGAAAUAUUCAAACUGAAUAUUCCCCCCCCCCGAUGGCAUGAUUCAAACUCACUGGAAUAGCUGGAAUAUAUUCCCAAAGUAUUAAACAGGGUAGGGUCAAACAUAUCCUCUCCAGAGAUGUUUCUCACAUCCUCAUGGUCAUGGCGAGAAUUUCUUUGAUCUGUGAUUACUCUUGCGAAACUUCAAAUGUUUAUUUUUUUGCCAUGAGAUUAUAAUUUUACGCCGAUGCGAACUAUUUUUAUAACAUGUACAUCCGAGAUUUUUAUUUGGGGGGGGAUAUGUACUGUAUGUAUGUAUUAUGUAUCCAGCAUGUGGUUUGUUAUACGUGCAGUCGGUGUGUUGGAUCUAGAGCCUGUUUCUGGCUGUCUUUAGUCUAGUGCAGUUCUGUCGAUCUUCAUCUCCACCUAAAUAAAGGCAUUUUAGAAGCA